AAAAAAAAUUAAAUAAGAAAAUGUACAUGCGGUUGUUAGAAGCAUUUUGGAUCUUAAGUAGAAUAUAUCUAAAUGUAUAUAUCCACCAAGAGCAUUACAGUACUGUACAAAAUCUCAUCUAAACUACAAAAAAAACAAUCCAUCUGACGGAAUCAUUUCAAGUCUUUCGGUACACACAGAUCAAUAAAUUGAUAUUUUGGCGUGAAAACUCUUGGAAAACAUGUUUGUGGUAAAAUAGUACAAUCUGUAGGGAAUAAAAAGUUGGAUGUUUUGUUAUUUUAGUGCCUCUGCCUGUGCACGGUGACGUUGUCGGUAGCGCAACCAUUUUGGUAUGUAUUCCAAUGAGCGUGCCUUAUUGACCAAUGGCAGCGCUACUCGGAUAACCCUCAGCCAAUCGGUAGGCGACGCUGUGACUCACCAAAUAAGGAGAGACAGCACCAAAUAAGGAAACAUUGUAUCUCUUUAUAAGGAAGAAAGUAGUUCCUGUGUUGUAAUAUUACUCCGCUAUCGUAAAAUCUGUUAAAAGAAUUACACAUUUUUCUGCAUCAUCCGAACCACAAAUAGAUAUAUAUUGCGUUAUAGAUUAAGUAAAAAUGAGCAUUUGGACGCCAUCAGGCCAACACGAGCUCUAUUUUCGGUUCACAGUGCGGACUACGUGACAUGGCGGAUCGACAUCAAGGGCGCUCUUCGUGUUUUCCUUUUUGAGAAAGUGCUCAGAGUUUUGGAAAUAGAGGAGGAGGGUGAACCAAACUGAGCCGGGGUUGAAGGGUCUUGGGGGCAGCAUCACUUUCGAAAGUUUUUUCUCAGUAAUUUCCUGGAGUCUGCAAACCUUCCAACUGGUCUGGUUUGUUUACAUUUUAUGGCCCAGGCGUGUAUGCGUUUUAUCGGCCAUUUACGAGACAACGAGCUCCAGCUCUCUAGCUGGUGUUUUUAGAGACUCGGUUCAGUAAAUAGAAUGUUACCGAGCCGGGUUGGAUCGGCACCAUCUGGAAACGGGUCAGCUUCAGGCAGAGGUAACACAGGACACGGUUCGGGGAUUGUCGGCAGCGGGAUUCGUCCCGUUUUGGUCAGAGCAGGGCAAGCUUUAGCGGGGGUCAGCAGCGAGAGUGUCGGGCGACAGGGGGAAAGAGACGUCGUCGGGAUGCUGGGGGCUAAUGGUCCAGGGGGUUCGAGAGGUGUGAGACCCGGGAACGGGACCGGGGUGACUACUCUGCAGACCGUCGUCCAGGGCAACAUGGUGGGGCUAAACACGGGAGUUGUGUUGCCUCAUGGAGCCAGGUUCGACCCGGACAGAGAUAAUGCUCCUAUGUGCAGCGGCUCGGAUAAUGACUCGGACUCCGGAGAUGAUGAUGACCCAGUGGGUUCACUCGGGGACAACAGAAGAGGGGUGAAGCGGGAGAGAGGGGAGAUGGAAGCUGUGGUGACGGGACAGGAGGUGGGAAUACCUCCCGGAGGUUACGGUAUGGUGCCUGGCGGGGUCGCCGGUGCAAAGCCGGGGAAGAAAACACGUGGGCGCGUGAAGAUAAAGAUGGAAUUUAUUGACAACAAGUUGAGACGUUACACCACCUUCAGCAAAAGGAAGACUGGUAUAAUGAAAAAGGCCUAUGAACUCUCCACCCUGACGGGAACCCAGGUUCUGCUACUCGUGGCCAGUGAAACGGGUCACGUCUACACUUUUGCCACCCGCAAACUCCAACCCAUGAUCACAAGUGAAACGGGCAAGGCCCUGAUCCAGACAUGCCUCAACUCGCCGGACUCGCCGCCGCGCUCUGACCCCUCCACGGACCAGCGCAUGAGUGCCACGGGCUUUGAGGAAACGGACCUCACCUAUCAGGUGUCUGAGUCGGAGAGCAUGGGCGACACAAAGGAUACGCUGAAGCCGACGUUCACGGUGGCCAGCCUACCAGGCAGCACCAGCAGCACCCAGUGCACCGUACCCACCACCUCCACCUCCAUGCAGGUCAGCAGCGGAUCUUCGUUUCCCAUCACAAACUACCUGGCGCCCAUCUCGGCCAGCAGCAACAUCAACGGCACCGUCCUCAAGACCACCGGCGCCUCCGCGGGGGUCAUGCAGCUACCCGGUGGCUUCACUUUCAUGCCUGCAGGCACUCCUCUCCCCCCCGGCACCCCCACCAUUCCUCUGAGCCAGCUGCAGCAGCACGCCCUGGCACUCCAGGGGCAGCAUGGUCAGGCCCUGGCUGCCGCCCCACAGCAACAGCAGGGACAGCAGGCUGUCUUCCGCUUCCCUGCUGCUGUCUCCCUCGCAGGAUCAGGGAUCCCCCAGCAGCUCCAGGCUAUCCAGGUACACCACAACACCCAGUCCAGCGACAACAGCCUCGACAUCUCCCACACCUCCACAAACUCCACCGCGACAGUGAGUCUCCCAGCAACCAUCGUCACCUCGUCAAUGCCAACGUCUGUUGCGGGUCACAUGAUGUAUCCCAGCCCGCACACAGUGAUGUACACCUCCACGCCGACGCUGUCUGACGGGGGGCUGGCUGUGCUCAACGCAUUCUCCCAGGGCACCUCAGCCAUGCAGGUGUCUCACGCACAUGGCCAAGACUCAGGUGUCCCUCAGGUGUUCCUCACAGCACCUCCAGGCACGAUGCAGAUCCCCGUCUCUGCGGUGCAGCUACACCCAGUACGGCAAGAUCUGCAUUUUACAAAUGGUGAUUGGUCAGCAGUCGAGCGGCAGCAGCAGUAACCUGACGGAGCUCCAGGUGGUCAACUUAGACGCAGUACAGAACUCAAAGAAUGACUGACCGAGGGCUGGAGCUGUUUAACACGGCACACCCCGGGACACGGAUGGACAGAUUACGUACAUCUCUAUUUAUUGAUGCCUUCCUACAGAGUUUCACAUUACACUUCUGAAUGUGACUUUAAAGUACAUCUUUACACACAAUCAAGGGCAUAUGUGUUGCUGACCCUUACACAGUAUACAGUAUGUUUUAGUAUAUAAAUAUAUAUAUAUUCGCAAAUGCAUAGGAAAUAUAUCACGACAUCCAUCAAUCGGAAACUAUUUUCUAUGCCGUUAGAUGGUGUUAUUUUUUUUGUGUGCGUGUGUUUUUUUUGAAAAUGUAUAAUUACAUGUACACACACUGCGAGGUGCCGCAGCUUCACACCAGCCAAAGAGACAUGUUUGUCUGAAUGUUCCAGUGUGAGCAACUUGUGCACAAGCGUGUGUGUGCGUGUGUGUGCGUAUGUGUGUGUGUGUGUGUGUGUCUGUGUGCGCGCGCGUGCAUAUCUGGGGUUUGUAAAUGGGCGGGGAGACGCUUAUUGACUUAAAAAAAAAAAAAGACAUUUGGAAAAAGACAUUUGGAAAUGUACAUAGUUUUUAUUUUAUUUUUUAUUGAUAAUUUGUAUUUUUAGCCUGGUUUAAGUUUGUGCAACGGCAUGUAGUUGGUUUUUUUUACGCAGUGGUUUUGUAUGUACAUGAAGAUGAUUUGCAUAAAGAUUAAUUAUUUACAUGUAUAUGUAAAAUAGUUUAAUAUACCAUCACAUGUUGAUAUACUGUCAUGCUGUUGGUAGUUUUCACUACAAGAUGGAGAGAGAACACUGGAUGUUUUUCUACAUGCUCCGAUUGUGACAUGUUUUCUGUCCCUGAAACAGGAUCAGUUGGCCGAGUCACAUGUAAAACACAAGAUAUUUAUGAUUUACUGUAAACGUAUUCUGUACUUUAACUUGGAAGGUUUCAGUGCUGACGGCAUGAUCAUUUAGUUUGACAUCAGGGUUGCAUGUGAGGUUAUUAAUGAAGCCCUGAUCUGGCACUUUGUUAGUGUUAAAACUACGACAAUCUGAUGGAAAUUUCAUUUCUCACCUUUUUAACACGCUAUCUAUAUUUUCAUCACACACAGAAGUAUAGAUGCGUUUCUGAGUUUGUUCACUUGUUUUUUUAAAUGCCACAGUGGGUGACUUGAUCCUUCUAUGGGAAACUAACCUGAGUGCCAAACAGGUUGUUUAAAAAGCGAUCCAUUGCCUCUGAUUUGCCUCCACUUGAUUGCAGAACUUUAAUUAUGUUAAAUGUGACUGUUACUGACUUGAGUCAGGGCAUUGGACACAAAUCUCUUUUUUAACAAGACACUGUAUAGACUUGGCAAUUCCACUGCAAUCGAAGCAUUGUUUCCUUGUAUGGAAGCACUCGACUGUUAACCAGUGUGGUCUCAGUGCUGUAGUAUUACAACAGUAAUGAGUUUGAAUAUUUUUGUACGAACAAGGAAAAAGUGACUUCAGGUGCUUUGAAAUGUUAAUAUAAUCCUUUAACUAGAACUGUAAGACCCUAGCUGACUGCAAACUCAGUAUGUAACUCGGCAAUCAUUAAGAAUGAGUUAUCAGACUGAGAGCCUUCUUUCUGCACCAUAGUGCCUCUUUUCCAUGGCUCAGUUCUAAAUCACUGCUAGGCAAGGGAAAUGUACUUAUUUCCAGACCACCUCACAUGACUUUGGACUUUUCAUACAAUCCUCUGCUGUGCCCAGUGAGAUUUUUGACUCAUUUCUACAGAACUAGCAGGACGACUGAGCGUGCUGGCUUGAAGCCAGAGAGAAUUUGACAGGAGGAUAAAUUACCUAUGCUGACUGCUGCUCAGUUACUCACUGGUCAUUUUCACGCUCCAUGUUCUCUGUGGUCUGUUCCUGUACAUGAUGUUCUCCUGCAGGGGUGUUUGCAUACACAAUUUAAAGACAUUCAAUUGCCCCAUUGUAUCUGGAGGUUUUUCAAAAAUAUUACUUUAAAGAACAGAUUUUGUGGUUUUCACCUUGUUAUUAAGAGAAUUGGUUAUUUUGUGUAUUAUUGUUUUGUUGUACAGACAUUUUUGUAAUAAAAAAAAAAACAUGAAACACAAUGAA